AAACAAAGGGCGCUUGCCCUGGGUCUGUGACCCAGUCUGGCGACCUGAGUGGGCUCUUGCUGCAACUCUGGCAGAGGCUUUAAACUCUCUCUUACCUUUUCCAGACGAGGAAGGGUAACCACAGCCCUUUCUUCCUUCGGACUGUUAACAGUGCCUGGCUUGCAGAAGAGAGAUGGUAGAUACUUUGCUGACGCCCAUGAACAACUGUCUAAUAAUUUUCGAAAGCAUUCUCUCCAUUCACACAUCUUCUAAGUAUGCAUAGAAGUAUAUAUGGACUCGACACAAUGACUCGUGGACUCUCUCUUUGACUCUCACUUUACAUCUCUACGGCAUAUAGCUGUAAUCACCGUGUUUUCAUAUUUAGGUCUUAAUGAAGCUGGUAUUGAUGCAACAAAGAUUUUAAGACAAUGGAAGAGCGGAAAGCAAAGAGGAAGAGUCCCAAGUCCUUCAGUGCCCACUCUACUCAGGUUGUUAAUGCCAAAAAAAAUACCAUCCCAGCUAGCAAAAGCACAGGGUUUUCAAAUCCCGCGUCGCAGUCAACUUCCCAGAGGCCAAAGUUAAAAAGGGUGACGAAAGAAAAGAACAAACCUCCAGGAGGAGAAGGGAAGGGUGCCCAGGCCACACCCAUCCAGCACUCCUUCCUCACCGACGUCUCUGAUGUCCAGGAGAUGGAGCGCGGGCUCCUUAGUCUGCUGAAUGAUUUCCACUCAGGAAAGCUGCAGGCGUUUGGAAAUGAAUGUUCCAUAGAACAGAUGGAACAUGUCCGGGGAAUGCAGGAAAAAUUAGCUCGCUUGAAUUUGGAGCUCUACGGGGAGUUAGAAGAACUUCCGGAGGAUAAGCGGAAAGCAGUCAGUGACGCCAACCUGGACAGGCUGCUGUCUGACUUAGAAGAAUUGAAUUCUUCUAUGUAUCCUUUGCCUACUAUCAACAGUGUAAAGUUCAAAAUCUAUUUUUCUGGUUUACAGGAAGUCCUUGCUUUAAAACGGAACUCUUCUUAACGGAUGAAUCCAGACAGAAACUGCAUUUGGCCGAUGCGCAGGACGUUCCCAGUGCACCCAGCAGCUAAUGCGGCCCGCAGCCUGCAGCCUGCUCUGAGACUUGCAGGGAAGCAGCAGUCAUUACUUCCAGCCCAGUCCUGUGGCAGAAUCAUCUCCCGCAACAGACUCUCGAGUCACGAGAAUGCAAGUGCAGUGAUCAUGUCCACACGCCGCUUCCAGUCCAUGUGCUCGCUGUACUCCACCGCCGGGGAGGCCGUGGCCCGCCUGUAGGUCUCCUCGGGAAGUGGGACACAGAGUUGUGCUGCUAUGCUUUCUUUUGUUGCCUUAAGGGUUAUACUUGAAAUGCAUCGUGCUAAACGUUGUCGGGCUGAAGGAUUCGUCCUUGCCAUGGCCGCACUGACCCAGUGCCGGUCACACGGUGGUGGUGCACAGGUGUCCUGUAGCGGUCCAGCUUCAGUUUACGUCAGACAAUCAGUACACACGCAGGUGUGUUUCCCAAUGGCCAGUGACAAAUGUUUAAUAAGUACUCGUGAGAUUUGCUAUUUUUAAUAAAGCAAUUGUUUUAAA